AUGGCGAAGCCGCAUUACCAUUUCCUGCAGAGUGUUCUUCUUUUUAUACCCCUGUUGUACUUCCAUUACAACUUCAUCCUAGGUUCUUCUUCACCUUCUCCCGCCAAAACCCUGUUACUCCCGUCUGAUUCUUCCGCAUUGCUGGAUUUCAAGUCGAAAGCGGAUUUGAGGAACGUCUUGGAUUUUUCUGCUAAAACGGGUUCGGGUUUCUGCAAAUGGGGUGGUGUUCAGUGCUCCGAUUCCAACAGGGCUGUCAAAGUGGUUCUGGAAAACAUGAAUCUUGGGGGGGUUUUCGCCCCCGACACUCUUACCCAGCUCCGGCAGCUCCGGGUUCUCAGCCUCCGGAACAACUCCCUCACCGGUCCGGUUCCCGAUCUUUCCGGUUUGGUCAACCUCAAAGUUCUUUUUCUUUGCCGUAACUAUUUCUCCGGCGCCGUUCCGCCGUCUGUUUCCACCCUCCACCGUCUCAAAACCCUCGAUCUUUCCUACAACAUGCUGGCCGGUUCGAUUCCUCUGUCUCUCAACGGUUUGGAGCGGCUGUACUUUCUCCGGCUCGACUUCAACCGGUUCCACGGUCCGGUCCCGCCGUUCAACCUCUCCUCCCUGCAAGUCUUCAACGUCUCCCACAACGACCUCGCCGGCGCCGUUCCGGUGACCCCCACCCUCUCCCGCUUCAACACGUCGUCGUUCGCUUUAAACUCCCGACUCUGCGGCGCGAUCGUGCACAGGCAAUGCCGUUCGACGCGGCCGUUCUUCGGCGACGCAGCACCGCCUCCAAAACAAGCCGCGGCGAGCGCGCUCAGCCAAACCGCCGACCAGCACGGCGGUACGGAUCCUAACAAAGCACGGGUUCGGAGUUCGGUGCAGAUUCCCAGGCGCAAAUUUGAAAGGGCAUUGUCCGAAAUUUACGAGAGCAGUAACAUCGGCAUUUGA